CCGCCCAUAAUAGCGCCUUGCUAGAGUAGGAGUCAUUUUUGCGUAACUCAUCUGUACACUCAAUGUGUGAUGUGUUCGCUGCCGCGAAGUGCAACCCAGAUAAAGGAUUUUAUUUUUAAUAUUGAAAAAUAUUACAGUUCUACCAAAUGCUGGUGCAGCUCCGCUAAGUUGCUUCCUGCCUGCAAUGCAAUGAGUGGACUGUAGUCCUCAUUCAGUAUCAUUGUCCUAUAGUUGACUAUAGGCCAGCUGAUAAGAUGACCCAGGUGGAGGAGUCUCAGACGGAGGGAGAAGGCAGCCCCCAGAUCAUGUCCCUCAGGUCAGAAUCGUCAGCAAACCACGUGGACGAUGGCGACGUGGGACCGUCCGUGAGGAGAAAAAGGAGGAGAAAGCGAGACCAGCGUCCUGAGUCAAUCAUUGUUUAUCGCUCCGAUGUGGAACGAGGGACCGGUGAAGACCAAGGAGGUGAAGAAGAGGGAGCAGAGAGGAGUACCGAGGAGGGAGCUAUGUUCCUCUGCACGCCCACAAACGAAGACGGUGGUUGGAGCCUUCCACCAGACAGCCGCUACGUAACCCUGACAGGCACUAUCACAAGAGGCAAGAAAAAAGGCCAGGUAGUGGACAUCCACGUGACCAUGACAGAAAAAGAGCUCCGCGAGCUGGCCAAGUCCAGGGAGCGGCUAGAUGCCGAGUGCGAAGCCGGUGAGGACCCUGAGCGGUCUUGUGGCCUAGGCGUAUGCAGGGGUCCUCAUGUCGUCCUAUGGAGCAUCUCUUGCGCUCCUGUGGUCUUCCUGCUCUCCUUCAUUACUUCCUUCUACUACGGCACCUUGACCUGGUAUAACGUCUUCCUGGUUUACAACGAAGAGCGGACGUUCUGGCACAAAAUCACCAUCUGCCCCUUCCUCAUCAUCUUUUACCCUGUGCUCAUCAUGCCUGUGGCUCUGUCCCUGGCACUCUACUCUGCCGUGGUGCAGGUGUCCUGGGCCUUCAGCAGGUGGUGGCAUGCCGUGAGGGACCUUGAGAAGGGAUUCUGUGGCUGGGCCUGCGGGAAGAUGGGACUGGAGGACUGCUCGCCAUACAGCAUCAUCGAGCUGCUGGACUCAGACACUGUCUCUAGCACACUGCAGAGUAAAGGCCCCAGGGAACUCGCCCAGACGUCGUCGGUCUGAAACUGGUCGGAGCCGGUUCUCAUGCCAGUUUGCUGAUCAAUUUUAUUAAAAAAGUGCAAUGGGGAAGACAGAAUGCUACAUUUGAUUAAUUCAUGCACAGUGAAAAUGUUUGCAUGCAAUACUGUGCAAAUGUCUUAUCAUGAUCAUUCCAUUUAUACCACACCAUUUCCACAAUAACUAUCAAAAUAAUAUAUCAAGAUAUCUUUAAUAAUAUAUCUUAUUUUAUACAUACAUAGUAAAAGUUAUUUUUUUCAAUGUAUUAUUUAGAUUUACAUUGAUUUUAACAACUGGAAUAUUCUGUUUACACUACAGUGGACUUUGUGGUUUUUGGGGGAUAAAAUCCAUGAGUAAUUGAUAUGUAAAUAAUCCAGGUAUCUGGUGUAAACUCAACAAAUAAACUGUGGUUACUGUGAAAAGUGGGAUUUGUUUAAAAAAAGAAAAAAUCUCUGAAUAUGCACAUUCUUUACAAAUUUCUGUGCCUAUCUGUUACGAUGUCAUAACCUAAAAGGGUUGUUGUAACCCAAUACUUUUGCACAGCAUUGUAUAUACCACAUAUACACUAAACAGAUGCACACACACACAGGUCUCUGAUUCACAAUUGUUUUGUGAAAAACUGUAAAUUGUGUGUUGACAUGUAAGUUUAGCUAACUUUCUGUACCCCUUCAAUUCUCUUUUUUUUCUGCUCACCCAAAAUGUGCUUCAGUAACCUUCAAUUUUUUUAUAUACGCAAUUUUUUCACAUCACUGUCCGCUGUUCUUCUACAUUUUAAAAUUCCACAGGACAUCUUAUCUCAGUGGUCAGUCUAAUCAAAUAUUAAGCAAGCUGUCUGUUAUCUUGAACUUUUUCAUGUUCGUAUGUUCAUUGUGAUUUCAAUUCUCCUAGUGAGAAUCAUUUUUUUUGUUCAACUUUGUUCUUUUUUAUGUUUGUUUAAUUUAUUGUAAUACACGUAAGUGUAGGUAUAAAUGUGUCAGUUAUUUAUUUUCUACUGCCAUUUUUUUGUAAAGAAAAAAUAUUUGUUAGGAUUUGAACAUUGCACACUUGUAUAAUAAAUAUGACCUUCCAAAAUGUUUAACAGUUGAUGUAGGCAGUUUUUCAAGGUGGAGCUUCUUGCAUUCUGUGUCAUGUGAGAUAACCUUACGGAUGUAAACAGAUUCCAAAAAUAAAAUGAGAAAGUUGUUGCAUGACAACACUGUGACUA